AUGGCUCCCCUUAUGUCCUACGUCCUGGCCCUCGGUGCCCUAGCCAGCACUGCCCUAGCCGCACCUAAAUACCCCACCGCGGAGCCAGUCAAGUACCAAAACAACACUCUGUACACCUACAAGUACCAAGGCUGCAACGGCCCCGCCUUCAUCUUCAACAACUUCCAGCCCAACACGUGUGCUGUAUCCAUCACCCGCCCGGGCCUCAACAUCAGCCAAGCCAUCGCCGCCAAACUCACCCUCGUCAAGUCCGGCCUCCUCGUCCGCAACGAGGCCGGGUACACGGACCCCACGUUCGUCGCGUGGAAUGAAGGCCCACAGAGCAAUGCGGAUGGCCCCCUUCAGUGCGGCACUGUUCGCGACAGUGAGGUCGUCAAGGGCGACCGGCUGUGCCUCAGCACUCCUGACAAUCAGAACGACCACGGUUACAGCUACUACCGUGACGAUAGCGCGGACGAAUCCGAUCAUUGGGAGAAGAGGGAAACUGAUGAGUCGGGUCUUAUACAGAAGAGGGACGCGCCCCGCUGCACUGGUCAGCAGCAUCCCGAUGCUGUAUUCAUUGCUGGAGCUAUCUACACCCUUAUUAAUGUUCCUGAUGAGAUCGCCGUGGAGCUUGUGGUUUCGGUUCUCAAUGGCGUGACUACGAUCAGGGCUGAGCUUGAUGUUUAUAUCGUCGGUUAG